UUUAAAUGUUGCUGCUGCUGUUUGGUUUUGAGCUGUCUCAUCUCUAGCAGUUUGAGAGCUAAGCAACAUGGAAAUAUCAAAUUUCCUGGAGAAUGGGAAUAUUCCCAAGGAAGCAAACAAUUCAGGAUGCAAUCGGAUGAACCUUUGCACUUUGGCUCUUUUAAUACUGGUUGUGGUUCCACUUUUGAUAGUCUGCUUUCUGUGCCUUCAUAGCCAGUCUCCGGAGAUCUGCUGGGCUCAUGCAACUUCACCUUCAGAUGAUCAUGGUCAUUACAUCAUAUGGAAGUGGAACUUGACAGACUGCAGUAGCUUCGUAAGGAAUGACUCUGACCAAAAGCUGGAGAUCCUGCAGAGUGGCAUGUACUUCAUCUAUGCCCAGGUGACCCGCAUAAAGGAAAUAGAAAGUUAUUUUACGAUGAUGCUGUACAAAGAUGAGAAUAUUCUCCUCAACCAGAUGACUGGGACAAAUACUGGGGAGAAAACUGCCUCCAUCAAUUUCGGGAGACCUUAUUUUCUGAGCAAGGGGGAGAAGCUGUUCUGUACAAUCAAUAGCGGACUUGGACACAUCUUGAAAGACAAUCAGACUUACUGGGGGCUGUACAAAAUGUAACAGACUUCCACUCGGAGUCAGCUUCUCUCACCCUCCAAGGAACAUUAGGAAUCUAACCCUUGAGUCUGAAAUGUUUGCAAUUUCUCUGCAUCAAACUCAAUACAAUGAUGCUUUGGGCUUUCUCAUCUUCCUGUUGAAGUAAUUCAGGGUACACGCUCAACAAGACGUGAAUGUGCGACUCCGGUAAUGACAUCAGAUUGUCACAAGUUAUGGGAGGAAGACACUUCUAGAACAACUGUGUGAACAAAGAAAAGCAAUACCUUGAUGUGUUAGAAAUGUUAGUUCUAAAAUCCCAGGCAAAUGAGUCACUAUGUUCUGCCCAUUCUGCACUGGUAAACAGUUCCACUCCAUGGCUGGCUGCCUUUCCGUGUGGGGUGAAAGUGAUUGUCAUUUGUAUAUUUUGUGAAGUGCCUUGAGGGUCCGUGGACAUGAAAGAUGCUAUGUCAAUGUAAUGUAUAAUGUACAUAC